UACCACCAAAAUGACUGCUGCCUUUAGAAACUCUAGGGGGAAAAAGGUGGCGACAGACAAGGUUGCGGAAAAGCUGAGUUCUACUCUCUCAUGGGUGAAGAACACAGUAUCAUACACAGUCAAUCAGAUGGCCAGUCAGGUGGCAAGUCCAUCUACUUCAUUACACACUACAUCCUCAUCUACCACAUUAUCAACGCCAGCCCUUUCACCAUCUUCCCCGUCACAGCUGAGUCCAGACGACUUAGAACUCCUGGCUAAACUGGAGGAACAAAAUAGAUUGUUAGAGACGGAUAGUAAGUCUUUGAAAUCUGUAAAUGGGUCAAGAAGAAACAGUGGCUCCUCCCUUGUAUCAAGUUCAUCAGCCUCUAGCAACCUCAGCCACCUUGAAGAAGAUUCUUGGAUACUUUGGGGAAGACUUGUUAAUGAAUGGGAAGAUGUGCACAAAAAGAAGGAAAAACACAUUAAGGAACUUGUUCGUAAAGGGAUACCUCACCAUUUUAGAGCAAUAGUUUGGCAACUUUUAUGCAGUGCACAAAGUAUGCCAAUCAAGGAUCAAUAUGCAGAACUCCUGAAAAUGACUUCACCUUGUGAAAAAUUGAUCCGAAGGGACAUUGCUAGAACUUAUCCUGAACACAAUUUUUUUAAGGAAAAAGAUAGCUUUGGACAGGAGGUUUUAUUUAAUGUAAUGAAGGCAUAUUCUUUAGUGGAUCGUGAGGUUGGUUACUGCCAAGGAAGUGCUUUUAUAGUUGGACUGCUGCUUAUGCAGGUAAGUAGUAACUAUUAUCUUGAACAUAUCAAUUUCUACAUCUUAAACUUUUCCAUAUGGUAUCUGAUCUUAUCUUCGUGUCUGGAACAUCUUCCAGAGCUCUUUGUACAUUUUCAGUCUCAGAGUUUUCAUACCUCAAUGUAUGCAUCAUCCUGGUUUCUGACUAUCUUUCUUACGACUUUUCCACUACCAAUUGCAACAAGGAUAUUUGAUAUCUUUAUGUCUGAGGGUUUAGAGAUAGUGUUUCGAGUAGGAUUAGCACUUCUUCAAAUGAAUCAGACAGAACUGAUGCAACUCGACAUGGAAGGGAUGUUACAACACUUUCAGAAGGUCAUUCCACAUCAGUUUGAUGGAGGUCCAGACAAAUUAAUUCAGGCAGCUUACCAAGUCAAGUAUAACUCAAAAAAAAUGAAAAAGCUUGAAAAGGAAUACACUACAAUAAAAACUAAAGAAAUGGAAGAGCAAGUUGAAAUUAAAAGGUUACGCACAGAAAAUAGGCUUUUAAAACAACGCAUUGAAACAUUAGAAAAAGAAAGUGCUUCCUUGGCAGAUAGAUUGAUACAGCAUAAAUGCAGUUCCAGCUACAGUGAAGAUUUUGUGCUACAGCUGGAGAAGGAAUUGGUUCAGGCCCGUCUGAGGGAAGCCGAGGCUCAGUGUGCACUAAAGGAGAUGCAGGAUAAAGUCCUGGAUAUGGAGAAGAGAAACAACUCCUUUCCUGAUGAGAAUAACAUUGCAAGGCUUCAGGAAGAACUCAUUGCUGUGAAACUGAGAGAAGCAGAAGCUAUUAUGGGUUUGAAAGAACUUAGACAACAAGUCAGAGAUUUAGAGGAACACUGGCAGCGCCACUUAGCUCGUACUACUGGGAGAUGGAAAGACCCACCUAAGAAAAAUACUGUGAAUGAGUUACAAGAUGAAUUGAUGACCAUUCGACUUAGAGAAGCAGAAACACAGGCAGAAAUAAGAGAAAUAAAACAAAGGAUGAUGGAAAUGGAAACACAGAACCAGAUCAAUAGUAACCAUCUUCGAAGAGCAGAACAAGAGGUGAUCAGUCUACAGGAGAAGGUGCAGUAUCUUUCUGCGCAGAACAAAGGACUGCUUACUCAAUUAAGUGAAGCAAAACGCAAACAAGCAGAGAUUGAAUGCAAGAACAAGGAAGAAGUGAUGGCUGUGAGGCUGCGGGAAGCAGAUAGCAUAGCUGCUGUGGCUGAACUGCAGCAGCACAUCGCAGAGCUUGAAAUCCAGAAAGAAGAAGGAAAGCUUCAAGGACAGCUUAACAAGUCUGAUUCUCACCAGUAUAUUAGGGAACUGAAAGAUCAGAUAGCAGAGCUGAAUCAUGAGCUCAGAUGCCUCAAAGGCCAGAGGGGCUUCUUGGGCCAACCCCCUUUUGAUGGAAUCCACAUUGUCAACCACUUAAUAGGAGAUGAUGACUCAUCCCAUUCCUCUGAUGAAGAUCUCAUAGAGAAUUCCUUGCGGGAGAGUGGCAUUGGUUUUCCUUUGCACAGAAAGUCUGGCGCGAUGUCUUUAGACCCCAUUGUGGCAGAUGGUAGUGAAAGCGAAACAGAAGACAGUGUGAUGGAGACCAGAGAGGGCAAUCAAGUGGAUCAAAAGGAACAGCCCCCAAGAAAGAGAGAAUCGUACUCAACCACUGUCUGACCAUCACUGUGAACUAGACUGGAUUUUUUUUUAAAGGAUCAGUUAUAUGAUUAAGGGUUUUUGGGGACAUAUCUGUUUCAUAUGUACAUAUAUGUAUUUUUCAAUCUUAUCUGCCUUUUGACCUUUGCCAAACCGUCACCACUGACUGACCAUUGCCAUAAAGUAGACUGGACUAUGGUUAAUGUGAAAAAUAAGGUUCUAGCAGUAUUACUGAAUCUUAAUGUUUCUUGUGUAGAAAAUGUAAUUAUAUCUAUAUGUGGAAACCAUUUUGAAGUUCUGAACUAUGGAAAAUUUAAUUUUCUUCAGACAAAACUGCUCUUGUGCAAUAUUUUAUGCUUAGUAAACAAAUUGUAUAUUUACGUUUAUCAAUUUGUUUUCAGGGCAGCUGUCUACAAACAUUUGACCAAGACACACAUCAGAUUUAUCUUAUGCUUUGUGUUUGAGGGAAUUUUUCCCCCCAAUUGAAAUUACUGCUUUAUUAGUAGACCACUGAAAGUUCCCAAACACAGUUCUUUUUCCCAUAUAAUGUUUUAAAUACAAAUUAAGGGUUAACUGUCUUGAGAGUUUUAAGUUCGUUUGAAUUUCUAAUUUUUAUGUGCAUAUCAUAUGAUACUUCCAUAUAUUGCUUAUUACCCAGCGCAGUAAGUUAACUACAAAUAUAUUGUUUUUUGUACAUAAUUUAUAAAUCUGCAUCACCCAACAUUGAACAUCAUUUUAUAUGGAGAAUGUACAUGUUGCAAAGUGACUGCCUUCAGCAUUCUAACAGGACUUCUGUAAAUACAAAGUUAAAAGGAAAUUGAAAAUAAAACCAAACACUAAUAUUUUAAUAGUUUUAGUACUUUGCUUAGCAUUCAACACUAGCAGAUUUAUAACUGAUGCUUGCUCAAAAACACUAUUGGUAAGACCUUUUAACUUCACAUGUAUGAAACUAAUAAAUUGUCCAUGAUUAAAGAAGUUAUAGCACAUAUUACUUAGUGCUAAUAUUCUACUUAAUAUAAAUUAAGCAGUGGACUGAAGUCCAAGAUACUGAACAAUAAUAUCUACAAAUCAUUAUCUUCAGAUUCUUUAAUUACUAAUCUAUAGAUAAAGCCAUAAGAAUUAUUUUCUACCAAUUCUUCCCUUUUUUUAUCAUCUAGACUAUUUUUUUCUAGGAAACUGAGUAUCUAUCAUUGAUAAAUUGGAGGAAACACCCAAAUUACACUUACACUAUGGAAAGACAAGAAUAUGUUCACUGGAUGCUUCCUACUUUCAUUUUCAUCAGCAUCCUAUGAAAAAAAUAGCCUUGGAGGAUAAGAUGGGAAGGUUGGAUUUAGUAUAGAGAUACAAUUUUGCACAAAUGUUGCUUGCAGAAAAAAAUACAUAUUACAGAAUGGAGUAGAAGAGACAAAACUAGUUUUAUGUCUAACACCAGGAAUUAAGGUUAUGCAUCUCCGUGGAUUAGGCUUCUCCAGGAAGCCCUGUGAUAGCUAUUUGCUUGAGAAACGAGACCGAGAACAUGCCUGCUGUGUCUGUAGCACCAGCCUAAAUUCUAGUGCUUAAAUGUCUUACCUGUGGUCACAUGGUACGUAGCAGACCAAGAUUGUAAUGCAGAUCUCUCUGACGCCAAAGUGUUUGAAAAGGUUCAGCUAAUGAAUUUCUCCAUUCUCUGCUUUUCUGAUAAUUAGUGUGAUUUUAAAUAAGUUUAAAUCACACUUCACAGCUUUUGAGUGUAGAUAACUACUCUACUAGAAUUGCCUGACUGGUGCUUUGGGGUUCAUUACUGUCAGCCUAGAGGCUGUUGAGGUUCAAGUGAAAUGAGAUGAUUCAUGGCCUCAUGAUUGCUUGUACACCCACAUCAAGAAAUCUGAAUGAUCUAGACCAGAGGUCAGCAGCUGCACCCACGAGCCAAUUCCAGCCAACUCUCUGUCUUUACAUGACCUCAAGCAGAAAGCUUUUUUACAUUUUCAAAUAGUUGAAGAAAAAAAAAUCAAAAGGAUGUUUUGUUACAUGAAAAUCAUAAAAUUCAGAUUUCAAUAUUGAUAAGUUUUUAUUGGAUACCCAUAGCUAUGCAUUAUAUCCUGUCUAUGGCUACUUUUAUGUUACAGUGGCUAAGCUGAGUAGCCUAAACUAUCUACUGUCUGGCCUUUUAGAGAAAAGUUUGCUGACCCUUGAUUUAGAUACUCUAAAAUGUUUGCUUGCUUCUUCAAUUUGUCUAUAUAGAGGAUCAGACCAUUUGCUUUUGCUGUUGAGUUAAUAGUUUGGAAACCUAAAAUUUCCUGGUGGAUCUUGUAUUCAAAAUUGUUCAAAGUGAAACGUGUGUCAGCUAUUUUAUAUCAUGAAGUCUGUGACACCAUAGACAGAUUUGGAAGGAUAGCUAUGUCUUUGGAAAUGGAGAAAGAAAGGAUUCCAAAAUCCCAGCACUGCCCUUUAAAGUAUGUGUGAUUGACCUUUAAGGUAUGCCUCAUUCAGUCAAUGUUGUUAUCUGACUUUAAAAGAAAGAACAUCUUUCUGUAAUCAUGUUUGAAUUCUAAACCUUGAAAGAUAUGCUUAGAGAAUUUCUUAGUACUUUUCCUGAUUUGGAAUUAGGUAUUAAAAGAAUCACGGUAAGUAAACCUUAAUUGAUUGAUACUCUUGUAAUUUGGACAAUGAAAAACAAGAAAAAAUCUUCUCAUUCAAGAUCUUUGAUUCAAAUACUCCUUAGAAGAGUUUAAAAUCUUCCUGACCUUUAAGAUGCAAUAGGAUGCUGUGUUCUGAUUUGAUUCCAUUUUAUUCAAAUUAAGACUUUGGGACAUUGACAAUGUUUUCUUGAUAGAUUUUAAUUAUUUUGUCAUUUAAAUGUUACUCAGUUAAACAGAAUUGAGGAAUAUUGGGGCCUGGGGGGAGCAAAUGAAAUAAAUUUUUAAAACUCAUAAUAAAUUAAAAUAACACACACUUACUCCCUUGGGCUAGUCACCUUCCUGGCGUCAUUGCCACCCUGGGUUGAAAGACUAAGGGUAGAGGCCUACAGAUGACCUAAAUAUAGUGGAAAUUGCAUUGAGGUAAUGAAACAGAACUUUUAGGUCAAGAAAAUACUUCAACCACUCUUUUAAAAAUUAGUGGUAAAUUUUUCAUCCUGGAAAAAGAAGUCAAAGAUGUAACUUUAUACCACAUCUACCCUUUUUAUUGAUAAAUAUCAGGCACUCAGUAUUUGAUGACAAAUUGAGACAUCAAAUCCCAAGUAACUGGCUGGCUAUUUUGAAAGAAAAAAACAACUUUUUCUUGGCUCAUGAUGCAACUUGUUACUCUCCAGAUAGUGCCUUUGAUUGAAAACAAGGUGUAGACCUUUUAAAGUAUAUUAUUUAUGACAUAAGAAAUUAUUUGGCUCCUCAUCCUUUAUCUUUUACAUAAUGCACUAUAAUUUUUAGAUUUAAAUAAGAAAAGUAGAUGAAUUGUAUUUUGGUAAAGCCCUUUUAUGGCCAGCUUGGUGAUUAUACUACCAGAUGUUGACAGCUAACAAUUCAGAAAUCAAUGAUUUACUUUUAUUAAAACAAUGAACUUUAGCAAGAAAGUUCUUGUUGCUCUAUCAUUAACAAAACAGUACAUUUUAAAAUUAAUUAAUUUUAAUUCAUUCUACUGAAAUUAAAAGUGGAGUGUAUGCUAUUUAUAAUCUAAGUUUUUAUACCAUAUCCAUUGAUCUACCUGUCCCCUUUUCACUCCAAAGAAGAGAUGCCAGAGUAAUACAUUAUGCUAGACUCUAGCAGCUAGAGUAAUACAUUACACUAUAGAUAUGCAAAAUUAUAAUGUAUUUUAUUUUACCAUUGAAAUUUCUUAUUGUAACAUUGUAUGAUAUCCUGAAAUGUUUACUUGUGCCUUUGCUUUAAACAAUUAAAGUUUUUCAUUUUAUACGAA